GGGAAGGCACGGCUUUAAGAGCGCAGCGCCGGGCGCUGCGGUGCAGCUUGCGAGCUCAGCCGAACCGAGACUAGACUACUUGAACCGAACCGAGUCCAGUCAAACCGACCCCAGACGGGUCCAAGUGAACUGCAUCGCAUCCCGCCGAGCCGAGCCGAGCCGAGCCGAGCCGAGCCGAGCCGAGCCGAGCCGAGCCGAGCCGAGCCAUGCAGCUGGACGCGCUGUGGCACCGGUCGCUGGCUGUGGCGCGGGCGGUGGUGGCGGCGCUGAAGGUGUGGCUGCAUGCGCUGUGCUGGGGCCUGAUCCCCCUGUCCCUGCCCCUGCCCGGCUGGCGGAGGGUCUCAGCACCCAGCCUCGCCACCUCGGCGAGCCCACGGCGGGAGCGGGACGACGCGUCCCCGACGCCUACCAGCGUUAAUUACCACUUCACUCGGCAGUGCAACUACAAGUGCGGCUUCUGCUUUCAUACAGCCAAGACCUCCUUCGUGCUGCCUCUGGAGGAGGCCAAGAAGGGGCUGGCGAUGCUCAAGGAGGCAGGAAUGGAGAAAAUAAAUUUCUCAGGAGGAGAACCGUUUCUUCAGGACAGAGGCGAAUUUGUAGGCAAACUGGUGCAGUUUUGCAAGCAGGAGUUGAAACUACCAAGUGUCAGCAUUGUUAGCAAUGGCAGCCUGAUAAGAGAAUGGUGGUUCAAGAAGUACGGUGAAUAUUUAGACAUUUUGGCAAUUUCGUGUGAUAGUUUUAAUGAGGAUGUCAACAUUUUGAUUGGCCGUGGUCAAGGAAAGAAGAACCAUGUGGAAAAUCUGCAUAAACUGAGACAAUGGUGUCGAGACUAUGCUGUUGCUUUCAAGAUAAAUUCAGUGAUCAACAGGUUUAAUGUUGAGGAAGAUAUGAAUGAGCAGAUCAAGGCACUCAACCCUGUGCGCUGGAAGGUGUUCCAAUGCCUGCUAAUUGAAGGGGAGAACACUGGUGAGGAUGCUCUGAGAGAAGCAGAGAAAUUUGUUAUCAGUGAUGAAGACUUUGAAAAAUUCCUGGAUCACCACAAAGAUGUCUCCUGUUUGGUACCAGAAUCUAAUCAGAAGAUGAGGGAUUCAUACCUCAUUCUGGAUGAAUACAUGCGUUUUCUAAACUGUACAAAUGGACGGAAAGAGCCUUCCAAGUCUAUCCUAGAUGUUGGAGUAGAAGCAGCCAUAAAAUUCAGUGGAUUUGAUGAGAAGAUGUUCCUAAAGAGAGGAGGAAAGUAUGUGUGGAGCAAAGCAGACAUGAAACUGGACUGGUAACUCAAUAUACUGAACUAGAACAGGUCAAUUAUGUAAAUAACAUAGGUGUGUAUAUAUGUAUGUAUGUAAUGCUUUUAACUACACUUGGUAUAUUACCUACCUUGAUGUUUAGCAUAACUUUGUAUGCAAAUGUGUUGAAUAUUUUUAGAAUGUAGAUUAUGUUCUUAUCUAUUGUUUGGUUGAACAUUACCAAAUAGCUCAGAGCUUUCAUAUAAAUGUAUCUGUGAAAUCAACUUUCUAGUUCAUUGUAUGAAGGACUUCAGGGCAAAUUGUUAAUAUAAUGUCAUAUAGGAAACAGUUUUAAGAUAACACAUAAGUGUGCAUGCCAGGAAACAAAACCAAACCCACUCCAAUCUCUCAUUCCUUAUAAACCGCUGUAAUGUUUAACUGGAAACGGCUCAUGGAACGAUCUGCUCCGUUCAUGUGGAAAGGUGGAUCGCAGUUCCUCACCAGAUCACAAGAGGGCCACCUUCACAGUCCCUUGGAAGCAGGCCCUGCCUUUUUCAGGGAUAAUAAAAGGUCAGAAUAUAGGAAUCAGUAUCUGUAAUAAUGUAUUUUGAAGGAAAUCAAGAUGAAAAAAUUGGCGGUUCUCAUUCUGUAAGACUGAAGUGUAAAAGCAUAUGUUUUUGUUCUCCCUCUACUCCAUACACCCACACAGUAUUUGCAAGGAUGUUGGGUGGUGUAAUUUUCUGUGAAAAUUUAUUUUUAAGUAUGAAAGAAUAUAUUAUUUAUCCUAAAAUAUAAAAGGAAAUUUUACCCAAUGAUAAGCAACUUAUUUCACAUUUGCAAUGGCCUUACUCCUAACAAAUAUUUACAGUGAAAAAAAUAUUUGCAUUUUAUUAAUAAUGUCCUCCGUUUUUCUUUUGUCUGCAAAUACUGAUUUAUUAUUUUUAAAACUUUCUUUUCUCUCCCCAAACAUACAGUUCUGCUGAAGAUACUUUCUGAAAUUAAUUAAUACUGUGUAGCAUACCUAAGACACAUCUUCUGUUGCAUGCUGGCUGUGGUAUUCACAUGCGUUUUAUUUUGCUAAGCCAUGGAAUUACAAACAACAAAGUUUUAAAGGUUUCUUGGCUCAGUAAUCAUUCUUGGUUGCUGGUUAGAAAUGUGCAGGUAUUAAAUGAAACUAAUCGGGUUUUGUGAUAGCUGUCUGCUUUUGAGGCCUGGCAGCAUCAACAUGAAAUAGAGAAAAGUCAAAAAACCCUGCAAGAUCAGUAUUUUAAAUUACUCCUUUCAUUCUUGGUUCUCUAGCAAUUGUUACAGCUUUUAAUUGCAGUUUUCCAAAUUUAAUGAGUCCCAUGCCUCCCUCCACCCUGUAUCCCCCCAAAGAGCAAAGCUCUGUAUGAAGGGCACGAAGCUCAGCAUUGCACAAAGCAGAAGAGAACUAGCACUUACUCGUUCAUCCUGUCCAUGCAAGUCAAGGAGUGUCUCACAUGUUUAAAUAUUUGCAAAAGCUGGGAGCCAGCAGGCAUUUAAUGUACCACGUAGAGAAAAUGACACCUUUUUUUCAUUUUUCUGAUAGAUGAUUUUUUUGAAGUGGUUUUAGAGAGAAAUGUUUAGCAUUGACUUAAUGCAUCUUCAAAAUUGAGGGGAAAGUGCUUAAGUAGGAGCUGCUACUUCGGAAUAAAGAAAGGAGCAUCUCUGAAUACACUGUGAAAAUAUUUCCAUUUAUAAUUCCUCCAGUUUCUAUUUUUUACUAUCCUAACUAAAUAUUCUGUCUCAGAGGUACUCUUUUGUCUCUUUGUAUUUUCCAUUUUUCAAUCACAUUUCCUAGACACUUACAUUUCAGGGUUUCUUUUCGCUUGUACUUAAUACUAAGUGACAUUUUAAAAUGUGGCCCACACACAUUAACCCCACAGUCUUUUGGCAGUUUUUUCACUGACCUCAGUUGGAGUUCUGCCUGAGUAGCAACUGUGAGCAGUGCAAAUGUAUGUAACUGCGAGGUUUGACAUCCUCUAUGUUCCCAUUGCUCAGAUAUUAAAGCUAGCCUCUUCUUCAGCAUCUACACUGCAUGAUAGAAACAAAUCCUUUUCCUUUGCUUCUGGCUCAGUCCCAGCAUGGGGAAAGAUUUAAUGCAUCAAUGUACCAGUAAAUCUACCAGCUUGCUGCUUCUGCAGAAUAUACCAGCUGUACCACAGCACGCAGAUGUGAGGUGGAGAAACUCCCAUACUGAUGCAGAAAUCCUGCCAUUCUUUUCUUUGCCUUUUACUUGGUAAAUGGUUAUUCUUUUGCUGGAAGAGAUCCUCUGUGCCUACAGGGGAAGUUGUAGGAUAAACAAAGGGAAGCUCAAAAUGUGAAAAUCCAGUAAAAAAUGUAAAGACAUUGAAGAGGGUUUUUAUCAGAAGGUUCUAAGUUCUUAAAAUAUUAAGGAUUUUACAUUGCUUCUUGCUACCAUACAUAGUUAAGAAAAAGUUUCUGCUCUGUGUGAUACGCUUUUUCAAAGGAAAUUCCAGUCAUGUAUAUUGGAAAUGAAGAAUUUGACAUAACACAGUUUGACAGACUAUCACUGAAGUUAAUAGCUAUUGCUAUAUGCACAAUUCACUUUUGUGUAAAAUCUCAACAUUUUCUUGGGCUACAGCUUGAUUACCCAUGGUUUGUUUUUUUAUAGUUGUUGUGUUUGUUUUUUUUUAAUCUAUAAACAUAAUUCAUGUUGGACCAAAAAUGGACUUCACACUUUCAUUCUGAAGUUAGACCUAACUUUCAGCAUGGGACUGGAAAAAAUAAUACUGAAUUCAACAGGGCUACUCCCACACUUUGAAGACAUGCACAUUGUUACCCUGAAGAGUCAGGAUUUAAAUUCAAGUCCUGUAAACACAGAUAUGCUUAAUUGUAUUGUCACGUGUAAUCUCAUAGUACUGCAGCUAAGUAUUUCCUAAAGAUGCUGAAUUGGGAAGGGAGUUACACUGUGGCUUUCUAGCAUUAUGCAGCUGUUCAUAUUUGUAAAAUUGUAGAAAAUUAGCAUUUGGGAGAAUUACUUCCUUCAGUUACCAUUAUAAUGAAUAUACCUUGGGUAAUGAAUUAAACCGUCCAUUUAAGAUGCCUUCUUUUCCAGUGUGAAGGAUGCUUGAUGUAUUUUUGAAUGUUGAAAAUUAUGAAUUUUUUAACAUUACUGUCACAUAAUUAGUGCAAAAUAUUUUGUGUUGCACAUUUCAAUAAAUGCGUUUAUUUCCUAAA